CUUCAAGUUUCGGAAACCCAGCUUACGUUACGUUUUACCUUUCCCCUGUUUUUAGCUCCUCUGUUUUCUCUGUUCAUUUCGCAGCAAUCUUUCUUCGGAAUUUAAGGAUAUCCAUUACUUUAUUUAGUUCUUCUCCUUGACAAGCCCCAAAAAAGAAAAAAAGGUGUUCUUGUUUUUUUUUGAAAGAAAAAUGUGUGGGAUUUUAGCUGUUUUGGGUUGUUCUGAUGAUUCUCAGGCGAAAAGGGUUCGAGUGCUGGAACUUUCCCGCAGGCUGAAACACCGUGGUCCAGACUGGAGUGGCCUCCACCAACAUGGAGACUGCUAUUUGGCGCAUCAACGCCUUGCCAUCGUUGAUCCUGCUUCGGGUGACCAACCUCUCUUUAACGAAGACAAGAGUGUUGCUGUCACGGUGAAUGGAGAGAUUUACAACCAUGAAGAACUGAGGAAGAAGUUGGUAAACCACAAGUUCAGGACUGGCAGUGACUGUGAUGUUAUUGCCCAUCUGUACGAGGAGUAUGGGGAAGACUUUGUGGAUAUGUUGGAUGGAAUCUUCUCAUUUGUGUUGCUUGAUACCCGAGACAACAGCUACAUUGUUGCACGAGAUGCUAUUGGGGUCGCAUCCCUCUACAUUGGCUGGGGACUUGACGGGUCGGUUUGGAUAUCUUCCGAAAUGAAAGGAUUAAAUGAUGACUGUGAACACUUUGAGUGCUUUCCUCCUGGUCACUUGUACUCCAGCAAAACAGGAGGAUUUAGAAGAUGGUACAAUCCACCGUGGUUCUCUGAGGCCAUUCCAUCAGUUCCAUAUGAUCCCCUUGUUCUAAGACGUGCUUUUGAAAAUGCUGUGAUCAAAAGACUGAUGACCGAUGUACCUUUUGGAGUUCUUCUUUCUGGAGGUCUCGAUUCGUCGUUGGUUGCUUCUAUCACAGCUCGAUACUUGGCUGGUACCAAGACUGCUAAACAUUGGGGAAGCCAGCUCCAUUCUUUUUGUGUUGGCCUCGAGAAUUCACCAGAUUUGAAGGCUGCAAGGGAGGUUGCAGACUAUCUGGGAACGGUUCAUCAUGAGUUUCACUUCACUGUUCAAGAUGGAAUUGAUGCCAUCGAAGAUGUCAUCUACCACAUAGAAACCUAUGAUGUUACCACAAUCAGGGCAAGCACUCCAAUGUUCUUGAUGUCGCGGAAGAUCAAGUCUUUAGGGGUGAAGAUGGUUAUAUCUGGUGAAGGCUCUGAUGAGAUUUUUGGUGGGUAUUUGUACUUCCACAAGGCACCAAAUAAGGAUGAAUUCCACCACGAAACCUGCCGAAAGAUCAAGGCCCUUCACCAGUAUGAUUGUUUGAGAGCUAACAAAGCAACAUCUGCAUGGGGAUUGGAGGCUCGAGUCCCAUUCUUAGACAAGCAAUUCAUCAAUGUUGCCAUGUCUAUAGACCCUGAAUCAAAGAUGAUAAAAAGGGAUGAAGGACGCAUUGAGAAGUGGAUUCUUAGGAGGGCUUUCGAUGAUGAAGAGCAUCCCUAUCUGCCAAAGCAUAUCCUUUACAGACAGAAAGAACAGUUUAGUGAUGGUGUGGGUUAUAGUUGGAUAGAUGGUCUCAAAGCACAUGCUGACCAACAUGUAACCAAUAAGAUGAUGCGUAACGCAUCUAACAUCUUCCCUCACAACACACCAACGACAAAAGAAGCUUACUACUACAGGAUGAUUUUCGAGAGAUUCUUCCCUCAGAAUUCGGCAAGAUUGACCGUACCUGGAGGAGCUACCGUAGCAUGCAGCACUGCUAAAGCAGUUGAGUGGGAUGCUGCCUGGAAGAAUAACCUUGACCCUUCAGGCAGGGCUGCCCUGGGAGUCCAUCUCUCUGCUUACAAUGCCGAGACUCCACUCAGCAACAUGCCAUCCCAGGUUAUCGACAAUAUACCACGGAUGAUUGAAUUUCCCGGAGUUGCUAUACAGAGCUAGUACCUGCCUACACGAAGGAAAGCAGAACACAUGAAUUGAAUAAUUCAGAGUAGAAUUUGUGGCAGAUAUCCAUGAAACUUCAUAAUUCUCUGAUGUGUACUAUAAGCGAUGUUUAUGAGUAACUAAAACAAUUUCUGAUUGUUUGAUCACCGUCUGUUGUUGUCAUCGACAUGUUGCUUAAGCUUUUGAAACUAUGUUGUUGAUAAUUUGUACUGGAAAGUUAAUCGUUAAUGAGAAUCUUCACUUCAAAA